GGUAACAAUCUGCAGGAGCAUGAAGAGCCAGGAAGGGGAAGCAUGGAUGAGUUUCAAAGCGAGGGUCAGGUAUCAAGGCACAACGGGCUGCCCACGACUCCGACCAGCCCCGGCGAUGCGGAUGAGUCGAUGGAGCACGGCUCGUCGUCCAGCGAUGACAGUGAGGCGGACAUGUCAGGGAUCGACUUCUCCCGGAGAGAAUCGUCCUUCAGUCAUGGCUUCACUGACUACGACCAGGAGGAGGUGGGUUGUAGCUCCUAAGGACUUACAGGGCCCAGAGGCGUCGGAUGAGACGAGGAUGCUUCUUGAUCAAAUCAAGAGAGAGGCGGAAGAAAGUCUGCGAGCCUACAGGGCAGCCAUCGCACGGACAUCACAAGGAAUCUGACAUGAGUCAAGUUGGAAUGGAUCGGGCCGACCAGCGCACCCGUGCCAGCAGCGCAUUGUGAUCCUUUGGGCCGCCGAGGCUCCAACUCACUCUGACCGACCCGGCGUCCGACCCGGCGCUCGCGGCAGUCGGAGGGCUGAUGAAGUAUGCGUUCUGAGGGUGGCUGGUAUAAAGCGGUAGUUCCAUAUCCUCCGAAAGUACUUCGAAAUCAUCUUACUACUUUCAAAUGGUAACAAUGGAGUUUUGUAUAAACAAAUC